GUCCGUAAACGCACCAUGACACUGGCAGCUAGCCUGAAGCUAACUUGGCUGAAGCUAACGUGGCUAAUCUGAUUUAUCGUCUGGACUAAGCGCUCCCGACGUUUGCAGGGAUUAACAAUUUUCGUUUUGCAUAUUUGUGUUUCAACCCACAGUCCACUCAUCAUCAGAAUAAUCCUGUGAGGAGAAUGGCGUCACUUGGAGAGCCUGUGCGACUGGAAAGAGAUAUUAAUCGUGCCAUUGAGUUGUUGGAUAAGCUGCAGCGGACGGGGGAAGUGCCUCCACAGAAGCUGCAGGCUCUGCAGAGGGUCCUCCAGAGUGAAUUUUGCAACGCCGUUCGAGAAGUUUAUGAACAUGUGUAUGAGACCGUGGACAUCAACAGCAGUCCUGAGGUCCGAGCCAAUGCAACAGCAAAGGCCACAGUGGCGGCUUUUGCAGCCAGUGAAGGGCACUCCCAUCCUCGUGUGGUGGAACUGCCCAAAACUGAGGAAGGCCUGGGCUUCAAUAUCAUGGGAGGGAAGGAGCAAAACUCCCCAAUCUACAUCUCCCGAAUCAUUCCAGGCGGAAUAGCAGAUCGGCACGGCGGCCUGAAGAGGGGCGACCAGCUGCUGUCUGUCAACGGAGUGAGUGUGGAGGGAGAGCACCAUGAGAAGGCUGUGGAGCUGCUGAAGGCGGCCCAGGGCACAGUGAAGCUGGUGGUGAGAUACACUCCUAAAGUCCUGGAGGAGAUGGAGUCUCGCUUUGAGAAAAUGAGGUCGGCAAAGCGCCGACAACAGAACAACUAUCCCCAGUAGGAUUUUCUCAUUCUGCUGCCCAGCCCCUCGUCCUCCUCCUCCAGCCUCCAGGCCAUCUGUUUGGGUCUAUUUCCUCUUCCCCAGCACAACAUGUGUAACAAACAAGCCCAACUUUAGAUGUAGUUACAUUCACAAACUGAACACCAGACUUUUAGCAUCUUAACACUUUUGUUUCUGUAAAACACACUUUUGCUUAACACUAAAUGAUUGUCAUUCUGGAUGGGCACUGCAUAUUGUGAUUUAGUUUUUAAUUGACAAUUUGAAUGCGAUUGGAGAUCAACCACAACGCUCCUUUGGUAGUGUUUUUAAUACUUUGGUCACAGCCACUACCAAGUGCCUCAGGGCAAAGCUAUUUUUAUAUGUAAUGUGUACUGUUUCAACUCCUUUUUGUUUUUAAGACGGUUUUAGCUGGAUACAGUUACAUAAACCAAAUCUCUCCCUGAAUUCUUCACAAACAUGUUAAGGACGUAACUCAAAUCUCAAAAUGAAUUGUUUAUUUUUGUAUUUUUGUUCUCAGAGAAAAACACAUCCCGUGUGCAUGUUUUUAACAUUUGUUAAAUGAGGUUUUAUGUUUUUUUAUUGGUGUUUUUUUGCUUCAUUCAUCAUCUCAAAGUUCCACCUCGGUUUAUUCUUUGUCUCUUUUUAUUUGAGAAAUUCUUUAAUCAUUUCAACCAAACUAAAAUAUACCAUGUUUAAAAACAGUGAUUAUAUGGCUGUAUUCAGAAACUUCUUUUCAUCUGUUAUUUUAAGAUUAUGGAAUAUGCCCUGGCAAAACUGUGGCUUAUUUAUUUAUAUAUAUGUUCAUUUUUUAUUUUAUUUUAGAUGCAAUAUACUGUACAUAGAAAAGAAGAAGUAAACUAGGCUUAAGGUGAACAAGCCAUAGUAACGAUCUGGUCCGACGGGUCGAUGUGUAACUGUUGGAUAAAAGACUAUGGUUUGUUUGAGUUGAUUAUGAAAGUUGUGUGUCGUUCUAGUUUUCGUUACUUAGAUUUGCAGUUAAUGUCACAAGAUGCAGGUCCACUGAUUGUCUGCUGUGGCUGUUUUUUUAUUUCUUAUCUUAGUCACUAUGGCUCGAUAACUGCUCAGAGGAAGGACGUUUGGUGCUGAUGUGCUGUAAAAUACGCUUAAUGUUAAAAAAAGGAACGCUGUUUUGAUAAACAUGUUUUUCCAAAUUCAUUAAUGUCACAUUUACAAGGAAAAUCUUUGAAUCAUUUUUGUUGUCUAAAUUAACUACAAAUGUGCUAACAUUUUGAAGCAGAUGGUCAAAUUGAAUGAUACACAGCAAAGAAAUGUGUAACUUACAGUAAUAAUCUAUGCAAGAUCAGUAAUGGGAAACUUCCAUUGACGUUGAUGGUACAAACCACUGUAAUUUUAAUGUUUACUGUUCAAACUUCAGCCUGUGUGAAAUGCAAUAUCACAUGCUUAAAUCUUUUGGAAAUUGCAGCUAAAAUGUAACUUGAGCUUGCGACGUACAGACAAAACACCAGAAAUGUGUAAAAUCUGGACACAGCUUUCACACGACACAGGUUCAUAUUGGCUUCUCACAAAACUUUGCAUGUUGCUGCAAAAUCUCACAUCUGUUCAUUAUCCCUGCGAUGCACUCUUUACCUUUCUAUCUGUUUGUCCUUCGUCUCUUCAGAUGGUCAAUAGAGUAUUUUUUAUAAUAGUUUUCUUUUGAUAUUUUCUCAAUUUUUAUAAGUGAAUUUCCUAAAAAUAAAAUAAAUGGAGGAAUGUCUGGUACUUCAUUUUCAUCGAGUACCGCGGCCAUAUCAGCCGAGCGGCAGAAAACUAGAGUAGAUGCACAGUGGCCUGUUCGACUGCUAGAGAGAAAGAGGUCUGGCCUAAACGGUUGCUAUUUUCUGAGAUUUUGGCCGAUUUUCUUUUGUUUUAGGACCAAAUUUGCUGCAUUUGUGAAAUUUUUGAUAAAGGUCUGAGAUGUGUAACGCUCGUUGGCUUCUUACCUGUAGAAUUGUCGCGGUUUUGUGCUUUUUGUUCCGCUCUUUACUGUUCUUAAUGUUGAAUGUAAAAUGUGAUGUAGACCAUUAGUGCUCACAAUUUAGGCUUAAUAAACUGCUUGGAGUUGUGACUUUUCAA